AUGAACACAUCCAUCACCAACACUCUUAUUAGGAAUGCACACGAGGCCCAGGCUCUGGUCGAUGCAAGAAAUCAGCUGAAGGAGAUCUUCAAGGGAUUGAAUGCGGCACCUUUUUGGGCUCUGGGAUAUUGGGACCAUGUCCAGCUCCAAUUCGCCCUGAGAGUGCUCCGUACAUUUCCUUGUCUGGCAUCAGAGACAUUUCCACUGCUCUGCCAAAAUCGUCUGGGUGUGGUGGAUGUACACCCGAAAUCCCCUCUCUUCUUUUUUGCUGGUUUUGGGGCUUCCUUGGAAGAUGUCCGGGAGGUUCAUUCCAUGUUCCCCGAUGGCAUAGUAGGGCACGACAGAACCGGCACAGAAACACGCAGCAGCAGUGGGUACAAUCCUCAGAUUACCCAACUGCUAAGGAUCGGAAAGAUUCGCAGUGAUGUUGUAUCUUUUCUGAUGGAGAAGCAUGCCUCCACUUCCGAUCAAACGUCGUCUCCAGAUUGGACCCUAGAGAAUGGCCUGAUAGAACACUUUCCUCCAAAAACUGAGGACCAAGCUAUUCUGAGGGUAUGCAACAACGCCUUGAGCUUUAUGAUCACAUCAGAUUCAUCGAGAUGCAACCACAAGCUGUGCUCUUUGGCCCUGGCAUCCCCUGUCGUCUCCGAGAAAACAGUGGGUCUGAUAGCCAUCUGUCUACCUCCCAGUUUCAAGGAACUCUACUUUGCUCCGUGUGGACGCAAGAAUCCAACAAGAGUCACACUGGAUGAUGCCAGAAAAGUAGCCAAGAUCUUGCCUCGUUUGGACAAGUUUUCGUUCAGUCCAGGCUCCAACUGCACCAUUGAUCCAGAUGCAUUCAACCAUCUCAUGGCUGCCAUCCAGAAAAAUGGCAAAAUGCUGAGGAGUCUACAUCUACGAGCCACACCCAAAUUAGUGAGCCUUGGCCACCUGGAUGUCGUUGCCUCGGAGAGCCUCCAACAAUUCGCUUUGGACUUUUCGCCCUAUUCGGGACACACACCGUAUGCCGGUCCCGAGCACAAGGCACUGGAGCGAUUGGCCGAGAUUAUUGGCCACCGAAGAAGGCCACUGGACAAGCUACAUCUGGAAGGGUUCCGCCUCCGAAGAGACGCCAAGCAUUUGGUUUCCAUGUUGCUGUCCGGGUCAACCGUCAGGCACAUUGUGCUACGAGAAGCUCAGCUGGACGACUGGUACAACAUGAUGUUGUGUUCCGACGACGAAUCCUCUCUACCCUAUUACGACAAUCCACCGUGCCUGGAAUCCAUUGUCGUGGAAGCGUCCAUUGUACGAAACUCUAAAAAGCUCUUGACGGAAUUGGCCAAAGUUCCAUCGCUCAGGACCAUCAAGCUCUCACCCGGUCCAACCUCGCAGUUUCAAUUCGACUCUUCGUCAGCGCGAGACUUUACAGAACCCAUUGCCAAGGUCUUGUCUUCUCUUCCGCUGCUCGAGGAGCUGCGUGUGUGUCUGCGAAAAGUUGAUGUACGGCUGGAUGCACUCGCGGAGAUUCUCAAGGAGAAUCGCUCUCUUUGUGUGUUGCAAGUCGGCGUGGAAUCGGUAUGGAAGCCACAGCAGUCCCAACCACCGGACGCAACGACGACGACACGAUAUCAGUGUCUCGUAGAUUUGUUGGAAACUGGAAACAAUACAACGUUGCAAGUGUUGGAUGUUUUCCAACACCCAUCACACGAAACCAGUCCCGAGGGGAGGAAGCUCCGGUAUCUCGUCAACCUCAAUCGUCUUGGGAGAAGCGUGGCACGAGAUCCAGGCGCCACCCGACAAAUGCUGAUCAAUGUGCUUUUACGAGCCAAUGCCGAGGCGAAACCGUGUGUCUAUCUCUAUGGGUUGCUACGGGAGAAUCCAUCCCUUUGGUCGGCGUGUUUGCCUCCAGAAGAUGGUCGUCGAACGAGUCGAUAUUCGUUUUCGCCCAGGCAUCGGUUCGACUAGACUGAGCUACGCGCUGUAGUGAUGUGAGUUGUAUCGAGGUGUUGGGUUAGAAUUU